CAACGGCGCCCUCCACGGUUCUGAAUAAUCGAUUCCUUUUUCAUGAAUCAGCAAAGUUCUCGGGUGGUACUGAUGUGUUUCUCUAUCGUUCUUUGACUUUCGAUUACCAACCACUUCUGGGCUCCUUGGACGACACGGACGGGCGACCGGUAACCUUGGACCCGGAACCUUUUUAGGAGAUAUAAAGGGCGGGGAGGACGCAUCGUAUCUAUGUUCCCCAGAUGCCCAAGAUGAUCACCUUCUACGAUAUCCCGUCGACCACCUCCCUCAAUUCCUGGUCGCCCAACGGCUGGAAGACCCGCUACACCCUCAACUUCAAGGGUCUGCCGUACAAGACCGAGUGGGUCGAGUACCCGGACAUCGCCGCGCUUUACCAGAAGAAUAACGUCCCAGCGCCUGCGAAGCAGAGCGAUGGAAGUCCCUAUUACUCCCUCCCUCUGAUCCACGAUUCAAAGACCAAUACUUUCGUGGCCGACUCGCUCGAGAUCGCCAAGUACCUCGACAAGACCUACCCGGAUACCCCCAAAGUCCUUCCUGACGGCGAGGAGGGGUUGGCAAAGACCACCCAGUUCCUCGGUGAGCUGGGCGGCACCAUGUUCCCUCUUUUCCCCAUCAUCUUCCAGGCGACCGUCCCCAUCUUGAACGAGGUCAGCAAGGACCAUUUCAAGGUGGCUCGAGCGAAGAACCUCGUCUCCGUAUUCAACAACAUCAAGUCGAUCGAUGAGAUCCAACUCUCGGAGAAGGAAGUUGAGGAGCGGUGGGAGCAGGUGAGGGCAGGUUUCCAGGGCCUCGAUUCCAAGUUUGGUGGGGAAGGGAAGGAGCUUGCUUGGUUCGCCGGAGAUAAGAUCACGUUCGCGGACUUUGCACUCGCGGGAAUGUUGCUCUGGAUCAAGUUGGUUUGGGGAGAGGAGAGCGCAGAGUGGAAGCGGGUGUCGGGCUGGAACAAUGGCAAGUGGGCUACGAUGCUGAAGAAGCUGGAAGCAUAUCACACUGUCGCAUAA